CUGUGGGGGGGUUUCCGCUGUGUGAGGAGGAGCCAGGGUGUGAGGAGGACCGGGCUGUGAGGGAGAGCCGGGGUGUGAGCGGGGCCGGAGUGUGAGCGGGGCCAGCCUGGCCGCGGCCCUUCUGUGGGCGUGGGGCCGCACCUCUUGGCGAACGGGUGGGGAGGCCCCCCGGCCUCUGCUCGGGCCCCUCGCGCGCUGGCCCGGGCCGUUGUCACCGCGCAGUCGGGGCGGGAGAUCCCAGCGCUCCUCCGUGCCCGCUGUGCCGCCUCCGGGAACGGCCUGUUGCGGCCUCUGUGGCCUGCUGCGUUCGGGGUCGCCUGGCACAGUUCAGGGGCAGGAGAAGCCCGCUCGCUGUAGGCUUUCAAGUGUUUACGCUUGUCUGCUUUGCUUUUCACCAGCGAUCCUCAGCCACGUGCGCUGUGAGGAUAAUGAUUAUUUUCCUGUGCUUCUGGAUGUGCGUCUGCCGUGUUAGUGUUGUGCCUCUGACCGAGCUCCUACGUCCAUAAGUCAAAAAAAUUAACAGUGAAAAGGUCAUGGUGACUUAAGUAGCUUGCUUGGCCUCUCGCUCGAUCUUCGUCCAGACUGUAGAGUGUAUAUAAAAUCAUGUUUCUGCCUACGGGAGGUGUGGGAUACGUAUACUAAUAUGAAACCUAUGCCCUGCCUGAACAUCUCGAUUUUUGAGUCAAUAUGAAAGGGGAGUGAUUUUUCAGAAGUUUUGGUUGUAGAAGUAUAGAAAUAUUUGCAAAAAGCAGCCAUUUGUAUGCCCGAGUAGAACUUUGAAUGAGAUUUUAGUGAGCAAAAGUUUGUGUGUUUGAAGGUUUCUUGCCAUGAAAAAACAGUGGCAAACACACGUGGCGUGUGUAGACGGGCUGCUCUUGAGUACAGCUCAAUUUACCAGCUGUAGCUCCUAUUCAAAAUUCAGUUUGAUCAGUAACUGAUGUUUCUGUCAGUUUCACUUGGUAGUGUCUGGCUAAAGCACAAAUUUUAACUCUGAGCUAAGAGAGAACCCUGUUUGUUGUUUUUUACCUAAUAAGUAACCGGAUCUGUAGUAUAAAACAGAAACUGAAAGGGUGGUACUGUGUGCCAUGUGUAGGGAUGGACACUGCAGUAAUAUAUAGUUAAUUGUUGUUGAAAUUUGUACUUUGAGUAGUGAGUGUUGUGGAGGGAGUGAUAGUAGCUUGCAUGAGAGUGAUGUCUUCUGUAAUACAGAUGUUCUCCAAAUUUCUGCACUUAGGUGCACAGAUGUAUUAAGUGGUUUUUUUCACUGGAUUCUCUACACUAAUAUCUGACCAGUGUCUAACUUAUGGAACUUUCUAGCCCUACUGUUAAUAUGCAGUGUGCUGUCACAUUUCUCAAAUUACGUAGAAGGGGGUUUGGGGUUUUUUUGUUACACACUUGGUGUUCUCGGGAAGUCUGAUCUCUUAUGAGUGUGUUGUGUAGCUCUUUAAGAUAGGCUUUGUUUCACUGAAUUGUGACUGUCUAAAAUCUGGGUAUCUAGUCCAAGGCUGUGAUUUUGUGAACAUCUGAGCUCCGUGCUGUGCCAGCUCUCUGCUCCUGAAAGGAGAAAGGCUUGCUCCUCCUCCUGUCUGUUUACUUGGCUCUUUGUUCCUUUCCCCUAGUCCGUACCAGCUGCCCACUUUCACUGAUGAUGUCGCUUGCUGGAUUUUUCCAUGAGCUCUUGUGACUCACUGACCUCACAGAAGAACUAUUGAGUGUUUUCUGCUUGUUUGAGUGUGUUGGCUUCUUGAGUUAAAACAGUUCUUGAAGGGGUCUGAUGAAUGACAAACAGGAAUGGGGAUAAAGAAAUGAGGAGUGGAACCUCCUGUUCCUGGUGACAGUGAGCUCUUGUGCUGGAUUACACUUUUUCAUUAGUUCAUUAUCUGGUCUUACUGUAGACUCUUGAGCAGGGAUGAGAAGGGGGUGGUGUUUGAAGAGUUGCUUUCAUGAGCCUGUGCUUUCUUUGAGUUUGUCACUCUUUAAGGCAAAUAGUUCAUUGUUUCACAAGAUCUUGGUUAAUUCAAUUAGAAAAAAAGAAAGAGCAAAUAAAGAGGUCUGGAGCUGUGACAGAAGCAGGCAGAGGAAUUAGACCAUACAUUGUGUGAAGAAGCUCUUUGACUUCCACAGAUUUUACUGAGAGUUUUACUGCUUGAGCAAAACAUGGCACAAGGCUAAACACUGUUAGUUUUUUCAUCAGUAGUUGCAAAAUUAUAUUUAUUGUAUCCUCUAACUGUUUAAAACAGUGUUCAAACACGGUAAAUUUAAGUGGUUUAAGUGUGGCUAUGGUAUGGAAAAGAGAGCCAUGAGUGAGUUAUGUAUGGCACUCAGGGGAAUUACCAAUACAUGGUGCAGCCAUGUCAUUUGGUUAUGCCAGGUGAGCAAGAAGGAAGCCUUGCUGUUGUAAAUGAAGUACCAUAAAAACUAAUAUAAGGAAAUAAAAUUAUAUUGAUAUCAUCAUAUUUUUCUCUAAAUGCAAGUAUUCUCUCUAUUUUAAGAGCUCGUAGCAAACAAAAAGUUAAAAUAAUAUAGCUGAAAAAUCUUGCUAAAGGAAAGCCCUCUCAUGAUGCGCAGCUCUAAAGAGGGGAAAUGUAUAGUAGGAACUUCAGCAAUGUUUCUCACUUUAGGAGAAGAAAUAAUUGGAGAAAAAAGGCAAAACAAAGGUGAUUCUUAGAAAUGUAAUUGAUGUGCUUCACUUACCUAUUCUACAGUAAGUAUUGGUGUUUUACCUACAGAGCAUGCUUUUCCUAGAUUUCAGGACUCUGCACCAAUACUUUUAUAUUUAUACGUGUGGAAAAUUAUGUUAAAGUUUCAUAGUAUGAAUUUGGAGCAACUAAUACAAAUUUGCAGUUUGGUAGCUUGAUAAAAUUUGGUAAAUAUAUAGGUGUAGAAUUAAGCUUAGAUAUAGCUUAGGUGUAGAAUUAAGCUUUAGUUUCUUUAAAGUAUGUUUUAUGCUUCUCUACUUCUUGAACGCAUCUCCAAGAGAGAAAGAACCUAGUGUUCUUUUAAAGUAUUUCUCAAAAAUUAUGGGUGUAGUCUUUGUGUAAUUUUGAAGAUUAUUUAAGGUCUGUUCACUGACUGUGAGCAAGUACUGUUAGCCAUUAGCACAGAAGAGAUUCUGGUUGGUAAUACACUUACAGUAUUUGUAUCCCUAAAUGUGGUUGACUAUUGACAGUUUACUGCUAGAAGUUAUUUGAAGUGAUGUGGGGAAAAGAACCCCAAAACAACAAAAAAUUUUUUUGCCUGUAAGAAUGUGAAUAGGUUAAAUAUUACAAAUUGCUCUUUGUGUUUUCGAGGAAAGAGCUCUCACGAAGUAAUGAAAUCGCUGUUGUGUUUCAGUUGUCACCAGGAAUGCAAAUCACGACAUUUGCCGCUAGAUGUCCCUGCAAGCCAAAAUAGUUUUGUUUCCUUAAAUACAGCUUAGGUUUUUGCAGUCUGGAGCCUUGUUUUGUCAACUGUAAUUAUCUCCCUCUCUUUUCUCGGUUUAUCUUUUUCAUGAAAUCUUCAUGCAUAUGAAUACAUGGCCAGGUGUGUGUCUUGCUUCAUAAUUUUUGCACUUUUUGAUAGUAGCAAGAGCUGUGAGGAAAGAAUAUACUUCUCACCUGCAGCAGCUUGGAAUAGAAAGUACAAAAGGCUGAGUUUCAGCUUAUCUUUUGGCUGACGUGCUCUCAGAAAACGUCGUGUUUUCUUGGUGUCUUUGACUUUAUAUCCGUUUUGCCACUUCAGAAAUACUUCUUACUCAAGUAAGCAGCAGGAUUCAGACUCAACUUUAAAUGGUGUGUUCCUAAUUCUGAGCUUUGGCUUACAGUUUGAUAGUUACAUUUAGUAUCUGUAGCAUACGAAAGCAAAGACUUGAGAUGGAGAAAAGUCCUGUUGCCUUGUUAUUGUUGGGGGUUUUUUGUUGUUGGUUUGAUUUGUUCUUUUUGUUAGUGUGGGGUUUUUUUGUUUGUUUUUAAUAGUGAUCAUGUUAACCCUGGUGAUAUGCUUAGAAAUUCUUAGGGACACGCUGCCUUGAAUUUUCUCUGUAUACCAGAGCUUUCUGUCCUCUCAUGUGAUUUAUUGUCCUUAGCAUCACUGACCUGUUCUCCUCAUCCAGCUGCUGGUUUAACAAUUGAAAAUGUCUUUAUAUUGAGUUUGAAACUUGCUGUUGUCCUUUGUUUCUCAACAGCCGACAAAAUUCAGGGAUGAAAAAGAGAUUGUAUUGAUUAGAAGGUUCUUCAGAACUUAUGAAUAUUUGAAAUUGGUUGUGCAUAUAGGACAGUCAUGGAGGAGAAUGUUCUUUAUUCUGAUUUCUUCCUCUUCAUUCUCUCAGCAAAUUUGGGUAAAGCAGAAUAUGAAGUUGCUGUUGUUGCUUUGCCUAGACUAGUGUUAUAAGUGGUAGAUUCUUCUCUGACCUUUUCCCAUUUUAACAAUGGAGGAAGAAAAAAUGGGAAAGAAAGUCUUACAUUUAAGUUUUCUUGACAUUAUCAUGUCUUAGUGGAAUGGGUGUUACUUUCCUGUAUGGAAGACAGAUUUUCCUCUUGCUUAUAGUUCAGGGGUUUAUAAAAUCAAAUUGUAAGUGUUUAAGAUACAUCCAUGAAGGAGUGCCAUAGUAGAAAACAUACAUGCGACUGUGCAUAUAAAGAAGGUGAGGUAUUUGUAGUGAUGGUAGAGAUUUAACAUUGUUUCUGUUUGAGUUUUACUUUGUACAAAGGUACACUUUGCAUGCUGCAGACCUGGAGUUCUUAGGCAUCAGUCCAGCUAUGCAAAAAGCUAAAAUGACAGUAGUUGGUUUCAAAGCUUUGUAACUUCCCUAAAAUUCAGUUGCAGUCCUCCUUCUCCCAGAUCCUGUAGAAAUGUCAGUAAUGAUCAGAUUAAUACCCAUUGCUUCAAAUAUCAAAAAGCACUAAUGGGGUGUAUUAGAAUACUUAUUUCUCUGCAACUUAGAUUUGCAGCUUUCCUCACACCAAUCUGAUAUUAUCACAUUUUGCAAAACUCUUUCUGGAAAGGUCACAAGAAACCACAAGAUAAGCUUUGAAAAUAAGGAAGUGACAUGUAUCAAUUACAUAUUUCAGGACUGAACUGUGGGCAGGUGUCUUCCAAGCUGUCCCUGACACCUUAACUCUUCUCCAGAGAGGGCUUGAUAGGAAUUCAAUACAGAAUUAUCUGCUUUUCUUCCAGCUGAAAAAGUGGGUAUUGAGUAAUACAACCUGUUAGGAUAGUGUGACAAUCUUUGACUUUAAUAACUAGUAAGAAAAGCUGUAUGUGUCUGCUGUCUGUGGCCUCUGCUUGAACUCUGAUUAACAAGGCAUAAUUAGGGCAUCAUAGUUGGAGUCUCAGUGUAUAGCAUAACAUAUAAGUGAACGUAACAUAUAAGUGAAAAUAACAUUUAAUGUAAUCUGUCAGAUAGUAGUGCUUGUUCUUAUUUUGUAUUGACUCAAAUGACCUUCACGUUUAAGUGUAUUCUAUGUCCCUGGAAGGGCUAUUACUUCUAAGGGCAGGCUGCGUGAACAGAGAAGAGUUGCACUUUCAGUAAAAGUUUCUAAUCUGAGUUACAGCAGAACCAGGAUUCUUCUGUACUUAAAGCAAAAGCAGUAUGUGAAACCUUUGAAUUGUGAAUGUAUUUGAAUGCUAAUUACAUGUCCUUGUAUUUGUUCAGGUGUCUUGAUCUUCUAAGAUGUCAGCGGAAGGAGUGGAUGGUCUUGUAGAUUAGUUAUACAUUUAUCUUAUCCAUACUCAUUGUGAACAGUCAUCAUAAAAUGGAUGGUUUGGGCAGUCUCCUUCCUCCUGUUGGUGAAAAUGGUGAUGCAGCUAAUUCACAAGAAAUACUAAAACUCUUGAUGGAUGAAAAAAUGCGAAGUGAAUACCAUAAAGCAAAUUAUCAAACUGUAAGGGCAGAACAUCUAAGAUUACAAGAGGAUUAUACCAAAUCACAAGAUGAACUGAAACGGUUGUUGGUUGAAAAACAGACUGUACAUGACAAAUUUCAGCAGCUUAUUAGUGAAUAUCAAGAUCAGUUGCUGGGUAAAACACAAGAGCUGGAACAAGUGAGGAUGCAGGUGCUAACUCCUCAAAAAUUAGAACUGUUAAAAGCAAAAAUAUACGAGGAAUUGGAGUCUCCUAUGAGGGAGCGUUAUCAGAAGCUAGAAAAUGAAGUAGAAAAAUACAGAACACUAUAUAACAAACUUCGUUAUGAACAUACCUUUCUGAAAUCAGAAUUUGAACAUCAAAAGGAAGAACAUGCACAUAUUUUAGAAGAGAAGAAAAUAAAAUAUGAGGCUGAGAUUGCAAGACUGGAUAAAGAUAAGGAAGAACUCCAUAAUCAGCUGCUUAGCAUUGAUCCCACAAGGGACAGUAAACGUGUGGAGGCACUUUCUAGAGAAAAGGCACAACUGUGUCAGAAAUUAAAAGCCUUAGAAGCAGAAGUAGAAGAACUAAGAGCAGAAAGACACAACUGUGGUGUGCAAGCAGAAAAUGUUCAGAGAGUACAAGCACGACAGUUAGCUGAGAUGCAGACCAUGAUGCGGUCUCUAGAGGCAGAAAAGAAGUCUGCGGAACUACAGGUUGAUCGAAUUGAGAAAGAACUGCGGAUGAGUCAUGAGCAAAACAUUCUCUUAACUAGCAAACUUCACAAAUCUGAACGAGAAGUCAAUUCUUUAGCUGCUAAAGUAGAAGAACUUAAACAUUCACAUAAGUUGGAAGUAACAAAUAUCAAACUGGAGGCAGCAAGAACAAAGAGUGAGAUAGAAAGAGAGAGAAACAAGAUUCAAAGUGAAAUGGAUGGACUGCUGUCCGACAAGGAAAUUCUUAAUGCAGCUGUUGAACGUCAUAAAGUGCUUUUGGUAGAAAAGGAUCGGGAGCUAAUUCGGAAAGUGCAAGCUGCCAGAGAGGAAGUUUUUGACAAUAUUGCAGCCUUACAGAAUGAAAAGUUAGAACUCGAGAACAGAUUAGCUGAUCUAGAGAAGAUGAAACUGGAACAAGAUUCUUGGAGACAAUCUGAAAAAGAUCAGUAUGAAGAGAAACUACGUGCUGUGCAGAUGGCAGAAGAAUCUAGCAAAAAGGAACUUCAGCGUUUGCGAUUAAAAAUUCAACAGCAAGCUAUGCAGACAGAGGAGCUGGAAGAAAAGAAAUGUGAAAAUGCUAAUCUGAAACAGCAAGUACAUGAUAUGCAACUCCAGCUUGCCACACUUUCUCAAUCAGAAAAUGAUUUGCUGGAGUCUAAUCAGAAGCUGAAGGAAGUAAUGGAGAGAUCAAAACUAGAAUGUCAACAUGCAAGGGCUCAGGCAGAGAAAGCUCAACUGGAAACAGAGAAGACUUUAGAAUACCAACGUAUGGAAUGGCUGCAGGAGAAGCAUAUGCUUACUCAGCACAUGGCAGAGUAUGAAGAGAAAUACAAGCAAAUGAAGAACAAGCUGUGUCGAGCUGCUGUUGCUCAGAAAAAGAGAAAGACUCUCAAUGACAAUAAACAAAGGAGGAUGCGUGAAAAAAUAGAACUUUUGGAAGCCAAGAUGGAAGAACUAGAAAAAGAAAAUCAAGUGUUAAAUAGACAGAAUGUUUCCUCUGAAGAAUAUGCUCGCCUCCAGAAGAGACUAAAGGACUUGCAACGUCGGCACAAUGAAUUCCGGAGUAUAAUUCUGAAUCCUAACAUACCGUCACUCAAUCCAGUCAGUAUAAUGCCAUCGUCUUCCUUGCCUCCUGGGCCUGAAGCAUCCUUCUCCCUUCUUCAGGAGGAGCAGCAUCAAAGAGAGCUUGCCCUGCUUGGCAAGCGGUUGGAAGAACUAGAAACCAGACAAAGAAAACAGCUGGAAGAUCUUGGACCAUCUAGAGAGCGGGUAAUGGGGUACAGGGACUUGGCAAGAAAUAAGAUCACUGGAGAAGAUGAAGCACAAAGCGAGGACUCCAAAUAAAAUCUGCAAACUCUUGAUGCUGUCAGCUUUCAAUAACUUACCCUUUGUACAUGCUUUUCAUAUUUUGCCAAAAACAUGGUUGUAUGUGCCUGAAUAGCAUAAACUAUAUUCUGCAUAGUUA